AGGCCUCCCCCCGCCUGCUCCGCUGUUUUGGGGAGGGUGAGCGGGAGAAAAGGGGGGCAAAAGAAACCCCCACCAAACUGCCCCUACCCCCAGCCGAAGUCCGGGACCUGAAAGAAAAGAAUCUGAUCCAGCUCUGGGACGCGGUGGACCGACAAUCGACCGACAUUUAAAGCUCUUUUUAAAGCGCGUGAAGAGUUUCGUGCGCUCUUGGAGAGUUUGCGCACGGACGCCGUCGACAUGGUGCGGAUAACUGUUUUCUCCCGUUGAAAACUUCGCGUAUCCAAGGAGUUAUUUGGACAAACAUCUCUGUUUUACAUGGAUGCAACAUAGGACGCUUUUAAAAGGAAUUAUAUGGUCGUACCGCAUCUGCAUCGAUCCGAACUAAACUUAUUUGGACCUGUGUGGAACUACUAGUGCCAAACGUCCAGUGUGCCGACCCCUCGUCUCCAGCCUGUGGGGCCGCGGCUCUCCAGCCAGGUCAAAGGUCAUCUGCGACAUGAUGCCAGCCGGCCACCUGCCCAUCCUGCUCUCCCUGAGCGCCCUGCUGCUGUCUCCGCUGCUCACCGGCUCCUUGGCCUUAUCUGCACCCCAGUUUACAAAAAGACCUCAAAACAUGAUCGGCGUCUCCGGGGGUGUUGUAUCCUUCGUUUGCCAAGCCACAGGUGACCCCAAGCCACGAGUAACCUGGAACAAGAAAGGGAAGAGGGUGAACUCUCAACGCAUCGAGACAAUAGAGUUUGACGAAGGUGCGGGGGCCGUCCUGAGGAUCCAGCCUCUCCGGGCGCCUCGAGACGAGAACGUCUACGAGUGUGUGGCGGAGAACAGCGAAGGCGAAGACAGUGUCCAAGCUACGCUGUCCAUCAUAAGAGAGGACCUUCUUCCUGCGGGGUUCCCCAACAUUGACAUGGGCCCACAGCUGAAGGUGGUGGAACGUACACGCACGGCUACCAUGCUUUGCGCCGCCAGUGGUAACCCCGACCCGGAAAUCACCUGGUUCAAAGACUUCCUUCCCAUCGACCCCAGCACAAGUAACGGCCGAAUAAAACAGCUCAGAUCAGAGAGUACUCCCAUCCGAGGUGCCCUGCAGAUAGAAAACACUGAGGAAACCGACCAGGGGAAGUACGAGUGCGUGGCGUCUAACAUCGAAGGCGUCCGAUACUCUUCCCCUGCCAACCUGUAUGUGCGAGAGCUUCGAGAAGUUCGUCGCGUGCCCCCACGUUUCUCCAUCAUGCCCACCAGCCACGAGAUCAUGCCGGGCGGUAGCGUCAACAUCACUUGCGUAGCCGUGGGCUCGCCUAUGCCCUACGUCAAGUGGAUGCUUAACUCUGAGGACCUGACGCCUGAGGACGAGAUGCCAGUGGGCAGGAACGUGCUGGAGUUAAAUGGCGUCCGCGAGUCAGCCAACUACACCUGCGUGGCCAUGAGCAGCCUGGGCAUCAUCGAGGCUGUGGCCCAGAUCAUUGUCAAGUCUUUGCCGAAACCUCCAGGUACUCCCGUCGUAACCGAAACUACCGCCACCAGUAUCACCAUUACCUGGGACAGUGGAAACCCUGAGCCCGUCUCCCAUUACAUCAUCCAGUAUCGUGCCAAGUCUCCCGAGAGCAAAUUCGAGACCGUGGACUCCAUCACCACCACUCGCUACAGCAUUGGAGGACUUUCUCCAAACACCGAUUACGAGAUCCGUGUGUCAGCCUACAACACCAUUGGCCAGGGCCCGCCCAGCGAACCAGUCGAGGCUAGGACUGGGGAGCAAGCUCCCGCCAGCCCACCGCGAAACAUCCAAGCCCGUAUCAUUUCCCAGAACACCAUGAUGGUACGCUGGGAUGAACCCGAGGAGCCCAAUGGACAGAUCAAGGGUUAUCGGGUGUACUACACCAUGGACCCAUCUCAGGCCAUGAGCAUGUGGCAGAUCCACAACGUACAGGACAGCGUGAUCACCACCAUUCAGAGUCUGGUGCCCUCCGAGACCUACACCAUCAGAGUGCUGGCCUUCACGUCCGUAGGAGACGGACCCUUCUCAGAUCCCAUUCAUGUCAAAGUGCUUCAAGGAGUCCCUGGACAGCCGACAAACUUCCAGGUCGGUGAGGUGUCAGACACAAGCGUUGAGCUAACAUGGGAACCAGCCUUCGAGAAAGAGGGAAUCAUCAGUUAUGAACUGCAUUACAAAGAGGGCAGUCAAGGACCUCAGGUAAAGAAAUCAUUCGGUCCAACUGCUUCCUAUGUGGUGGAGGGCCUACGUGCUAAUACAGAGUACUACUUCUCUCUGGCUGCCGUCUCCAACAAGGGUAUUGGAGCCUUCACCAAUGAAAUAUCCCAAAGGACAUCCCAAGCCAAGCCCUCCGCCCCCCCUCAAGACAUUAAGUGCUCCAGCUCCAGCUCCACCACCCUGCUGGUAAGUUGGCGCCCUCCGCCGGCCGAGAGCCAGAACGGGGUGCUGGCCGGGUACAUAGUGCGCUACGCGGUGGUGGGCGCCGGGGCCGAGGUCAGCACGGAGCCCGUGGAGGAGCCGGCGGUGCAGCCCAGCCUCGACCGGAUCGAGCUGCAGCGGCUGGAGAAAUGGACCAUGUACCGAGUCACCGUGGCGGCCUCCACCAGCGUGGGUCCGGGCCCCGAGAGCGAGCCGCUGCUCUGCCGCACGGACGAGGACGUGCCCGGGGCCCCCCCUCGACGUGUGGAGGUCGAGGUGCUCAACUCCACCGCCAUCAAGGUGAUGUGGCGCUCCCUGUUGCCAGGGAAACAGCACGGGCAGAUCCGCGGGUACCAGGUGCACUACGUCCGUGUCGAGAACGGUGAAUCCCGCGGCCUGCCCCUCAUCAAGGACGUCAUGCUAGCCGAUGCACAGUGGGAAAUGGACGACACAGCUGAAUACGAGAUGGUCAUCGGGGGCCUGCAACCUGACACCACAUACUCCAUCACCGUGGCAGCCUACACCACCAAAGGAGACGGCGCCCGCAGCAAACCCAAGCUGGUGGUGACGAAGGGAGCAGUGCCGGGGCCUCCUUUUCUCUCCGUCAACCAAAACUCAGAGACUACUGCAUUAGUGCGCUGGCAACCCCCAGAAUUCAUCGCUCCGGGUCUCGAGGUGCAGGGCUAUCGGCUGCAGUUUGGCCGAAAAGAUGUAAGCCCACUGGCCACACUGGAGUUCAGCCCUCAGGAGCUCGAAUAUUCCAUUAGCAAUAUCCACCGUGGGGCCACGUAUGUGUUCAAAGUGUCCGCCAAGUCCAGAUCGGGAUUUGGCGAAGAGGCUACACGAGAACUGAGAGUCCCGGAAGAGGUUCCUCGAGGGUAUCCUCAAAUAACCGAAGGGUCCAACAUCACCUGCUGCUCAGUCCAGUUCUCCUGGCUGCCUCCGGUGCUAGCGGAGCGCAACGGUGCUAUAACGGAAUACACACUGGCCUACCAGGAGGCGGGAACGGCUGGCGGACCCAAGGAACUGCGUCUGCCGGCAAGCGAGAACAGCUACACCCUCAACAGCCUGAGACCCAACGCAGUGUAUGAUGUGAAAAUCCGAGCGCACACCAGUGUAGGUCCAGGGCCCUACAGCCCACCGAUCCAGUAUCGAACAGUGGCCUAUGAAGCAGAUGUUCCUAAGAACUUCACUGUGAAGCUGGUCACCAAGACCACGGUACUGUUGACCUGGAAGUUUUCCGAUAGCCGUUUCCCGUACCGCUGCAUGAUCGAGUACAACCGGCAGAAGGUUGACAUUGAUGCUAGAAUGACCAAAACUCUCAUCACCAACUUGCGACCCAACGUCACCUAUGAGUUCAGAAUCACCUGCCAGGAGAGCAGCGACGGUGGACCCAAACACAAGCUCAUCGCCCGAACGGCACCACCUAUUCUGGUUCGAAAGCCUGAGUUGGAUCUGAAAAGAGAGCCAGACAGUACGCUGACCAUUGUCUUCCCACCGCUGGAAAACAAAGACUUGAUCAAGUUAAUCUAUGUUGUGGUGGUUCCUCUGAAGAAGGGGAGAGGACCUAUCAGACACCUUAAGAACCCAGAUGAGCUGGACUUAGAAGAGCUGUUGGGUGACAGAAGACUCAGUCAGCGUCACGCUAGAACCACCCGUCAGCUCAAGCAGGUGGACGGGAAGCGGCCCUACAUCGCUGCCAGCUUCAAGCCCUCAUCCAUGCCGCCGUCCUUCACCCUGGGUGACCAGAGAGUGCACAGCGGCUUUGAAAACAGGCCUCUGGACCCUGGGCAGGAAUAUGUGUUCUUCAUCCUAGCUGAGCUUAACACCACUGGAGGGAAAUCGUUUGCGUCCAGCCCCUACACAGACCCAAUCACAGCUCCUGACGUGGACCCUCAGCCUAUAGAUACGGGAGGGGACGGACUCAUCUGGGUGGUGGGACCCGUUCUCGCUGUGGUCUUCAUAAUCUGUAUUGUUAUUGCGAUUCUCCUCUAUAAGAACAGCAAACGGAAAGAGUCAGAGCCACGGACAAAGUGCAUGCUGAACAACGCCGAAAUCACCCCUCACCACCCCACAGAUCCCGUAGAGAUGAGACGAAUCAACUUCCAAACCCCAGAUUCGGGUCUAAGCAGUCCUGUCAGUGAAGCCGGUUUUGACUAUGAAAGUAUGAUGAACCACCCUCCCAUACCCAUCUCGGAGCUAGCUGAGCACACGGAACUACUGAAGGCCAACGACAACCUGAAGCUCUCCCAGGAGUACGAGUCCAUCGAUCCGGGUCAGCAGUUCACCUGGGAGCAUUCCAACCUGGAGGUCAACAAACCCAAGAACCGAUACGCCAACGUCAUCGCCUACGACCACUCCCGCGUAAUCCUGGCGCCCAUCGAAGUUACCAACCUUCAUGCUUCGUUUCAAGGUAUCACAGGAAGCGACUACAUCAAUGCUAACUACAUCGACGGCUACAGGAAGCAGAAUGCAUACAUAGCCACGCAGGGGCCGCUGCCAGAGACCUUCGGAGACUUCUGGAGGAUGGUGUGGGAGCAAAGAGCCGCCACCGUGGUCAUGAUGACCAGACUGGAGGAGAAGUCACGGAUAAAGUGCGACCAAUACUGGCCGAGUAGAGGGACGGAGACCUACGGUAUGAUUCAAGUGACGCUCUUGGACACCAUCGAACUCGCCACCUUCUGCGUGCGCACCUUCUCUCUACACAAGAAUGGUUCCAGUGAAAAGCGAGAGGUUCGACAGUUCCAGUUCACCGCCUGGCCGGACCACGGCGUUCCCGAGUAUCCCACUCCAUUCCUGGCCUUCCUCAGGAGGGUGAAAACCUGCAAUCCACCGGACGCCGGUCCCAUCAUUGCCCACUGCAGUGCUGGUGUGGGCCGCACGGGCUGCUUCAUCGUGAUCGACGCUAUGCUAGAACGCAUCAAGCAUGAGAAGACUGUAGACAUCUAUGGUCAUGUGACCCUCAUGCGCUCCCAGAGGAACUACAUGGUGCAGACGGAAGACCAGUACAGCUUCAUCCACGACGCCCUUCUGGAGGCCGUCGCCUGUGGGAACACGGAGGUGGCGGCGCGAAGCCUCUUCUCCUACAUCCAGAAGCUGGCGCAGGUGGAGACCGGAGAGCACGUCAGCGGCAUGGAACUGGAGUUUAAGCGUUUAGCGAACUCCAAAGCCCACACCUCCAGAUUCAUAAGUGCCAAUCUGCCAUGCAACAAAUUUAAAAACCGCCUGGUCAACAUCAUGCCGUACGAGACCACUCGAGUGUGCCUUCAGCCGAUCAGAGGGCUGGAAGGGUCCGACUAUAUCAACGCCAGCUUCAUCGACGGAUACAGACAACAGAAGGCGUAUAUAGCCACACAGGGCCCAUUAGCGGAGACCACCGAGGACUUCUGGAGGAUGUUGUGGGAGAACAACUCCACCAUUGUGGUGAUGCUGACCAAACUGAGAGAGAUGGGACGAGAAAAGUGUCACCAGUACUGGCCGGCGGAGCGUUCGGCUAGAUAUCAGUACUUUGUGGUGGAUCCCAUGGCGGAGUACAACAUGCCACAGUACAUCCUCAGAGAGUUUAAAGUGACGGAUGCCCGGGACGGCCAGUCCAGGACCGUACGGCAGUUCCAGUUCACUGAUUGGCCGGAGCAAGGCGUACCCAAAUCAGGAGAGGGAUUCAUUGACUUUAUUGGCCAGGUGCAUAAAACUAAGGAGCAGUUUGGCCAGGACGGGCCCAUUUCUGUCCACUGCAGUGCCGGUGUGGGACGGACUGGGGUCUUCAUCACGCUAAGCAUCGUGCUGGAGCGGAUGCGCUACGAGGGUGUGGUGGACAUCUUCCAAACGGUCAAAAUGCUGAGAACGCAACGGCCAGCAAUGGUGCAAACAGAGGACGAGUACCAGUUUUGCUAUCAGGCGGCUCUGGAGUACCUUGGAAGUUUUGAUCACUAUGCAACGUAAAAAGCCAUUUUUGUUCCCCCCUGCCCCACAAUCCCCCUCCCCCCAACAGCCUCCUGAGCCAUAAAAACUUGCUUGAAAACAUGAAACGAUGACAACUAUACAAAAUUCAUACGUUUUUUUGAAGAAUCGUCUUUUGGAACCAAUCAAAACAUGUCGUGAGGAACCCCAAUUGGACAGCAACACUGGAGAAGCGCAAACGGAUCCCAAACACUUCUACAUCCCAAACUCAUGAUGGAGGAACCAAACGUAUCGGCUCAGGCUGGAGGGUGGGAAUGAUGUAGGUGUCGGACCACUAACAUUACCUCAAGUGUUCUGAUGUGGAGGACAAACAUCGUUUCUUUCCAAACUAACUCUGUGAACAUACUACAAAAAGACAGAAAAUGAAGGAAAAGUUGGUGCGAUACAGCAAAUAAACUACAACGAUAAAUGAUGAGCACCUAAUUGGUUGGGGAAUUGGUUGGUUGGCAUCUGAAAUCCUUCCUUGUUUACUAAAAUGGCAAUGUUUCCAAUGAAACGGACAUCUGUCAGUCUAGCAGCGGACAUCAUUGACAUCUUCAAGAGUGUACUCAAUGGAGAAGUUGGAGGAAUGGUACAAACAAGUUGGAAAAGACUUCUUUUGCUGCUCACGUCUCGGGUUCAAGCCUCUCCUUGUGACAUGUUACCAUUCGGACAAAAUUGGGAGCCACUUCAGAAGCAAUUUGAAGCAAACCGUUCAUCCACUUGAGAAAGUAACUCUCGAAACCACUGGAGCUGACAAGAGUCGCCAAACACGUCUUGAGGCAUUCAAAGAAAUGGUUGAAUCCUAAUCGCAUCCCGUAAACGCAUCAGUUUCUUGAGUGCUUUCAAGGACAUGCUAGCAAACGUUUCUACCAAUGUAGCUCCAUCUCCAUCAUCUUAAGAGCCAGUGGGAGCUUGAACUAUUGGGUCAAAUGGAGAUUAGGACCAGAGGAACCACCACCGAAGUCUGGAGUUUCUUUGCCGACUACAACCGUGACUGGUCUCUCCAUUGACGUAGACCAUGUAUUUGGUGCGCCGGAUAGGGGAUGCGUGGCUACGUCUUGCUUUCGGUACUUUGACGUCCCCAGUGACCAACAUUCAUUGCCAUCGUUUCAAAUGACUUUUUAUCUUACAACUGUGUUUUUUGGUUUCGUUUUGCUCUUGAUACCAAACAUGCUGCUUUCGCUCCAUUAUGCUGUACGUGUACAUUUGAAGAGUCUAACGGAUGGAAGUGUGCGAGAGUGUGAUGACGUGUGUUGGUCCCACCUCUCGAUCCAUUUCCUUAUGGCCCAACGGUCGCCCAGGAUGAAACCGCAUGUCCAAAUUUAUUUUAUCAUCAUCAUCAAAACGACCCAUUCCUGGUUACUUUGGGAUUUCUUGCAUUUAUUUGCUGGUUCUUUUUGGGAAGGUGUUUCUUCAAUGGAUUUCGGCUAACAAAGAGCAAGAAAUGGGCAUGUAUUUGCAUCAUGAAAUUGCGGUACAACUAUCUUGUGAAUCUGUUGGUGUGGGUGGGACUGUUCUACACACUCAUGCAUAUGCGUGUGAGGGGGAGGGUUCUCCUCUCCACGGUCAGAGCUGAUUGGCUGUUCUGGAGAAUGCUUGAACCUGGAGUGUUCUGAUUGGUGAGAGAAUGAAAGGAGCCGUGUGUAAUCUUAUUUCCAAAAAGCCUUAUUCUUGUAACAUCAUAGGGGAAAAAAUAUAUUACUGUUGUAUUAUUUUGACUAUUAUCUUCUUACUUAACAAACUUUUGAUUUAUUUCUUGGUUUAGUGUUUUGUUUUUUUAACAAAGAUACUUUACUCAUUUUUUUUUAAUUAGCAAGAAAAAUAAUGCUCAUUUUGCUCAUAUUAUGUUAAAAGACAUUCUAUUUUUUCACUGUAGAAAUGCUACGUGAGAUGUGUUUGUGUGCAUGUAUACAUAAACGAAUGGGACAUGAAUGUAUACAUACACACUCACAAUAUAUUUAAAUGCAGAAUAUAAAGAUGUAUCCAAAUCUUCAUAUGAAUAGCCUUUUUUCUUUUUUGAAGUGGGCACUCGUUUUUAUACCACCAUGAAAUUGUGAAAUUAUUGCGUGUAUGAAAUCAUGAAUGACUUUUUAUUGUUUUGUUUUUUGUUUGAUUCCUUAAAAGAGUUUGGGAAAUGCAGAGAUUUCCCAUAAUUCGUUGCAGGGGAGAACUUUGACUUCCUGUUGCCCAAUAAUGAAGUAUGGAUUACGAUUUCAAUCCUGUUGUUAUUCAUCAAUAGUACUAGUAUUAACUGAAGUAUUACUUUUAUAAAAGAUGUAGAACUGGUUUACUAAAUAUUGAAUUGAACAAAAAAAAAAAUAUACAAUCUAUACUUUCCAAAUUUUACUAAACAAACAAACAAAAACAAAAAACAAAUUUUUUUACAACCCAUCUUUGUGAAAGCUUUCAUUUUUUGGCAUCUUUCUUUUUUUCUUUUUUUUUUUUUUACUUUUCAAACCACCGAAUGUUCGAUCGUUUGUUAGAUAUCAACUAUGAUCCUGAAUAUAAUGCCUGUAAAUAAACAAAUAUAUAUUAUAUGUAUUUGUAUAAUUUGACCCACAAGAUUUAUGUCUUUGAACAAUACUGAGAUAAACAACAACAAAAAAAAGUUUAUGCUAAUGGAAACCUUCCACAGUUUUGAAAGAAGCUUUGUCUCACGCUAACAGCCCUGUUUAUCUCUCUUCCCUUCAUUCCUCUUUUUUUCCUGAUCCAUUUGUUCAUUUAUUUUUUCCCAACUCUUCACUGUUUAUUCUUAUCUUAGCCUCCACACACUGCAGUCCAGUGGUGAGAGAAAUCACAAUGGUUCUCCUUUUCCAAUAAGACUUACUGGUCUCAAAAAAAGACUUGGCUUUCUCCAAGCAAAAUAUAAUUUCUCAUUGAAAUGUUUCAUGAGAUUCCCCCCAAAAUGAAUCACGUUUUUACCCAUCCCAAGCCUAAAGCAGUAAUCAUUUUGUGUUUUUCUCAUUCUGAGUGAUUCUUUUGUUAGAUUCGGAUGAUGAAGGGCUAGUGUGCCCAGUGCCUAUAAAAUGCCAUAUGAACAGCGAGAGCGAAUUGCCUUGAAUUGGUUGCGUGUUUGGUGAUUAGCUUCACGUCAUUAUCGCUCAAGCCCCUCUCUCACCACUGCCUCUGUGCUCCAUCUUUUACUUACAUCGGUAGUUCAUUGCAAAGCUCUAGAAGUUUACAGAUGCAUGCCAUGUUUCGUUCAUUUGUUUGUUUGUUUUUUUACUCUGAGGAUUUUCCAUUAAGGGACAAAGUACGAGAGAACUUGGAAUCUGGAAAUUUCAGCGCUGCCUUUUAAACUGUUGGGAGUUUUGUGCGUUUCUAACAGACUUUUCCUCGGGAGGGAAAACGCAAAGGACACUCGUGCGAUUGGACUUGUCGGACUGAUCUCCAAAAUCUACGUCAGCAGAGGUGCUCGGAAGUUCUGUUUGUCCUGAUGCAAGGACGUUGGACCUUUGAGAACAGGAGCCAAACUAAUGAAUCGAUUAGCGUACAAAUAAUGAAGAACCAAUAUUCAAAAGUGAACGUAUUAAUACCAUGGCCAACAAAAAAGAAGAAAAAAAAAAAAAGCCAAACUCGAACGUGAAAAUAGUUUUUCUUUGUAUGAAGGCCAAGUGCUAUCGCUUUCAAACUGUUACUUCUGAUGGACACAAUAAUUGGUUUGAAACCACUGUGUAUGUAGAUAUGUUGACUUUGUAUUAAAGAACUGUUGUCUGAAAA